AUGCCGUCCCUGGUAGUAAUUUCUGGUGGAACUGCUUGCAACUUAAUGGUUAAUACCCUGCAAGAUAUUACCACAGACGUGAGUUAUGUACUUGGUUUGAGUGAUAAUGGUGGCUCAACUAGCGAAAUUUUACGUGUUCUUGGCGGACCAGGGAUCGGAGAUAUUAGAAGUAGAUUAGUUAGACUAAUUAAAGCCGAGAAAGGAGAUUACGAAAAAACGGCUAUAAAAAACUUGCUUAGUUAUCGGUUGCCUGUUGAGGGAAAUGAGACAGACAUAAGAAAUGAGUGGCUGGAAGUGGUUGAAGGAACUCAUAGUCUUUGGCGAAAUAUCCCUUCAGAAAUUAAAGGAACUAUACGUGGAUUCUUGGUACAUUUUCAAACUGAACUUCUAAGGAGAGCACAUAAGAAAUUCGACUUUCGCAAUGGUAGUAUUGGCAAUUUUUUUCUUUGUGGAGCACGACUUUUUUGUGGAUCGUUAGAGAGUGCAAUUUUUUUAUUUGCAGCAAUAACGGGAAUCAGUGAAUCGACAAAAGUGAUCCCAAUAAUUAAUACAAAUAAUAAUGUGGCUAUCGCAGCGGAACUUGACAAUGGAACUAUAAUAACAGGUCAAUGUGAAAUUUCACAUCCAUCUCAAGAACCACAAAAUUCGCCUCCGGUUGCUGAUAAUUCAUAUGAAAAUAUCAUGUGGCAAGAUUCACCUACCGAAACUUUUAAUUCCAUGAAAACUGUUUCGCGAAGUAAUCUUAUUUUCGACAAAUCAAAAGUAGUCACAUUGAAUCGUCGAAUUAAUCGAAUUUAUUACAUUAACGAAUAUGGACAGGAGAUAUUUCCUUCUGUAAAUUCAAAAGUACUUAAAAGUCUUUCAAUGAAAUCAACGCUCAUUUAUUCUAUCGGCUCUUUAUAUACGUCUAUUAUGCCUUGCCUUAUCCUCCGUGGAGUUGGUAAAGCAAUAGCCGAGUCUACUACAUUAAAACACAAAAUUCUAAUUCUCAAUGGCUCAAAUGAUCGCGAAACUGAUCAAUUCACAGCUUUAGAUUUUAUAACAGCUAUCGUAGAUGGAUGUAAUUCUUCGUUGAGAUUUGAUGGAUUUUGGCCUAAAGAAUAUCCUGCAGAUAAAUACAUAACACAUUUGAUUUACUUGGACAAUUCAUUUGUAAAAGUUAACGUAUUAGAAAUUGAAAAAUUAGGAAUAGAAUGUAUAAGUGUAACAGGCACAUUUCAAGAUGGGCAACCUGUAUUUACCGAGAAAUCUCUUGAUUAUGUUUUAAAUAACAUUAUAAGAUAG